AUCAGAUGUCAGUUCUGCAAGAGGCGCUCUGGAAAACGGGAGUUCACCACUAAGGAGCAAGCAUGUCUUUGCACAGAUUCAUGGUCUAUUUGUCGACAGCAUGUUUGUUUUGUUUAAUGAUAACAGUCAAUUUCAUGCUCUUGAUUUUGCAUUACAUUUCACCCAGUCUCGCCAGGAAGCUCAUCCUGAAAUUGGGUGAAAGUAGCACCAUGACUCAGAAUCCUAACUUUAAGUAUGAAGACUGGGGUCUGACGUUUGGCUCUAUGAAAUUCAUCAGAGCAGCUUCGCACCACUUGUGGUUGUCGCUCGGACAAGAUGCGUUUAUGGGAGGAGAAGCUCCGGACACACCUGUGGUCACCAUGGAGGGCAAGAACACAAGUAUCUACAAGUACUUGAAAGACAACAGACCGCUGGUGUUGAGUUUUGGAAGUUGCACCUGACCCCCGUUUAUGUACAAACUUGAGGAGUUCAAGCAACUCGUCAAGGACUUCAGUGAUGUAGCUGACUUUCUGGUGAUCUACAUCGCUGAGGCACAUUCAAAAGACGGUUGGGCCUUUGCCAACAACUUUGACAUAAACCAGCACCAGAGCCUGGAGGACAGGCUGUCCGCAGCACAGAUCGUGGUUCAGAAGGAGCCCCUGUGUCCGGUGGUCGUGGAUGAAAUGAACGAUCUCUCCACCAUAAAGUACGGUGCCGUGCCUGAGAGGCUCUAUGUGCUGCAGGCUGGGAAAGUUGUCUACAAGGGUAGCGUGGGGCCUUGGGGCUACAGUCCAAUGGAGGUGCGUUCGUUCCUGGAGAAGAUGAACUAAGAAGGUUUCAAGUCAUGUCUUGUAUUCGCCGUAUGACCAGUCUUAUAUUUAGGGGUGUUCAGCAGGAGAUGGGGGUGUCAACAUCAUAAUCAAUUACUCAUAUAACACAAUACCAUUUUUUUUUUUUUAAUCAAGACUCAAAUCAAUUCACUACCACAUUCACAUAUAGUCCUGUAACUGCUCUCUGGCAUCUCUUACAACCAUUGCAUAACUAGAAAUAUUAUAACCUUGCCAAACUUGCGCUAAUAUUGCUUCCAGACUCUCUUUUACGUCGGAAAACAAACCUCUGCUAUCAAUCUCUGAGAUUGAACUCGCCUCUCGGUGUUUCUUAGUGACGGCUGCAGAUUAAAACUUGUUGGCCUCUGUAGCCUGAUGAAGUGAAACACAGAGACACAGUCCAGUCAAGAGUUUGUUAACUUUAAAAGAUCUUACGAUUUGAGUCAAUGAAAGCACUUGUUUUAUCUCUUGCAGGAUCAGUUAUCAUUAAAUCAGCAUUGUAAACUGUAUUAAUCACUAAGGGUUUUUCUGUUGUCAGUAAAUGCUCUGAGGUAAUUUCACAGGAGGAUGCCUUUAUAUGAUGAUUACAGUGCAAACCUCUGGUAACUGCAAUCUGAUGAAAGAUGAGUCAAAAGGCCUUCUCUGGAUUACGUAGGAGCAUUUCUGAUUCAACGUAUAAUAAGCAUCUUGUUAAACAGUCUACAUCUCCUUUGAAUGUUCUUAUAUCACAUUCAAAUCUUGUAUGUUUGCAUUAUAGUAUAAUAAAGAAUAACCUGAGAAGA